CUUUUGGUCCAGUAGUUGCAUGUUACUAUGCGCUUGCAAAAUCUGUCACAGCCCUCCUUCGAUACCUUGCCAACAGAAGCAACACUAAUGCGAACCCAGAUUGCCGAUAAUUUGUCGCAUUGGAUUGGUUAAGAGACGGUAAUUUAGGGCUCAACUCUGCUAACCAUCGUCCUGAUGUUCCGCAAUACAAAACAAAGGAAAAUAACUCGUUCUAAUAGUUUUUAUACUGUAAAAGUUAUUGUCGGUGUUGACUUAUGUUCAGUCUGAAACGGUUGCAAGCUUCUUUUAGCGCUAACUGUUUACAGACAUCAAACAGCGGGAUGUCGCUUGGCCAAAGCGCAAAGGGAGCUCUUGGCAGCGCCCAUGCCAGUGUUUUACGCGGGUACAGCGAUGCAAGUCGGUUUCACUUCCAGGAUGGGAAUACUUAACACAGCUGGAACGUGACUCCAAAAUCUGUAUCCUUUGCGAUGCUACGGUAUUUUCGUGUAAUUUAAUGGCUUUUCUGCCGUAAGGGGCGGCAUCCCUCUGAGUGUGGGAUACAAUGGAGCAGCUGGAAGAGGAGCUUACGUGCCCGGUGUGCUGUGGUCUGUUCGAGGACCCGCGGGUCUUGCUGUGCUCACACAGCUUUUGCAAGAAAUGCUUGGAGGGACUCUUGGAAGGAAACAGAGGUCCAGCUUUCAGAGCACCUCUCAAAUGCCCCACCUGCCGCAAAGAGACCCCUCACAAUGGCGCAAAUAGCCUGCAGAUCAACUAUUCUCUACGCGGAAUAGUUGAGAAGUUCAGUAAAAUAAAGGUGAUGCCUAAAAUGUCUGUAUGUAAACAACAUUGCGACCAGCCUCUCAACAUAUUCUGCUCCACUGAUUUAAAGCUGAUUUGUGGAUUUUGUGCAACAACGGACGACCAUAAAGGGCACAAGUUCAGCUCCUUGGAGGAUGCAUAUGAGCAGGAGAAGGAGGCGUUUGAGAAGCUGCUCGGCGGUGUAGAGAGCUGGCAGAGCGCAGAUAUCCAGUCCUGCAUGGAGACACUACAAGCCAGUAAGAAAAAAGCGCUCCAAUCGGUGAGCAAGGACGCGGAGAAGGUGGCAGACUAUUUUGACAAGCUCAUCGGUGCCCUUGAAUGCAAAAAGAAUGAGAUACUAUCCGACUUUGAAACGCUGAAACUGGUGGUGAUGCAGGCAUACGACCCAGAGAUUACCAAGCUAAGCGCAGCGCUGGAGGAGCAGAAACGUGCGCUCAGCAUCGCGGAGUCUUUCAGAAGCGUCAGUGAGCCCCUCUGCUUCCUGCAGCAGAUGCAGGAAUUUCGAGAGAAGUUGAAAGUCCUCAAGGAGACUCCCCUGCCCUCUCAGAAAGACAUGGACGUCGGCCCUCUUGUGCGCAAUUUCGACGUUAAAAAGUGGGAUUCCAUCCAGUUCAAAGAAGUGGACAAAAUCUCCGUCCCCCACGAGAGCGGCGCGUACAGAAUCGAUGGCUCACGGAUGCCAGUGUCCAAACGGAUCGUUUAUCGGAUCAUUUUCUCUCUGGCUUUUUUGCUUGUCCCACUACUACUUCUGCUACUGUCACGCAACAUUGCUGGUGACGUGUCUUCACAAAUUGAACCGUUUGUUUCUCAAAUUUCCUCCCACACUGAUACAUACCUGAAGGAAAUGACUGACAUGUGCACAAGUUUGAUGGAUGCAGGUCAGAAAUGCAUUGCGAAGUUAGUUGACUCCACUGCCCACUUUAUUGGCAGUUGUAAGUUAUAUUAAUCAGUCUUUGACGUCUCACAGCUAUACUUUAAUGAGACGUAGAGUCGAAAUAUGAAAACACUGUUUACAAUGUUUUUUCACCCUUUCGCUCACAUUGUGGCCUCAAUCAAGCCAUACAAUCCAAUCAACUAAAUCCUGAGGCGGCAAACUACAUUAUAAUUUUAGUGUCUACAUUAUAAAAAACUCUUUAAUAUGUGCAUACUAUUACUUUUUUAUACUCUGACAAUUUCUUUUACUUGUCAAAUAUUAUUUUGACAAAUAAACCUGAGAAAUUUGA